UCUACUUGCCUUCGCUCCCCGGCCCUGUGGCCGCGCUCCCUCCCUUCCCUCCGUCCCGCCCCCUCCAGCCCCUGCUGCCCGGCUCCUACAGGCCCCCUCGCUGCCCGCGUUCCUAUGGACAGACGCACAGACACCUGCAGGAAAGACACUGCUGAUCCUGUAACAUGGAGGAUUGCCUUCAUACCUCAUCUGAGAAUCUAUCCAAAUUGGUCAGCUGGGCCCACAGCCAUGGGACCAUUUGCAGCCUCAUUCCAAACCUGAAACAUUUGCUUUCGGAAGGUUCCCAUGGGAAUCUGACAGCAAUGUGGGGCUGUAGUGCGGGCCAUGCUUAUCACUGGCCACUGACAGCUACUUGCAGAGCUGGCUCCCAAGAAAGGGUCUGUUUCCAGGAUAACAGAAGUUUUAACUCUGAUAGUCCCAGUAUAAUUGGAGUGCCCUCUGAGACACAAACUAGCCCCGUUGAAAGGUACCCUGGGAGACCAGUGAAAGCAAAGCUAGACUGUAAUCGGACCAGAGACUCUUGUGACUUCUCUUAUUGCAGUGAGCCCUCUGAACUGGAUGAAGCUGUUGAAGAGUAUGAAGAUGAAAACACUCUGUUUGACAUGGUUUGUGAAUCUUCUGUUACAGAUGAGGAUAGUGACUUUGAACCCCAAACCCAAAGGCCUCAAAGCAUUGCUCGAAAAAGGCCUGGAAUAGUCCCAUCUUCUCUCCAUUCAAGCUCCCAAGCUCAGAUGAUUGAUGAAUGCAGCAGUGAUGUGAUCAUUAAGAAAAUCAAACAGGAAAUUCCUGAAGAUUAUUAUAUUGUGGCGAAUGCAGAGCUGACCGGAGGGGUAGAUGGACCAGCCCUCUCAUUGACGCAGAUGGCAAAACCUAAGCCUCAGACUCAUGCUGGUCCCUCCUGUAUAGGGUCUGCUAAGCUGAUUCCCCAUGUAACAUCUGCCAUCAGCACAGAGCUAGACCCACAUGGUAUGUCUGCAUCCCCCUCUGUGAUGUCUAGACCAGUCGUCCAAAAGACUGGUAGGGUAUCUUUGGCUUCACCAAACAGAGGACCCACUAGUGCCCAUGGCACCAGCCAGCAGGUGGCCAUACAGAUGCCGGUGAGCACAUCCCAUCCUAACAAACAGAUCAGCAUCCCUUUGUCUGCCCUGCAGCUGCCUGGACAGGAUGAGCAAGUUGCUUCUGAAGAGUUCCUGUCCCAUCUGCCCAGCCAGGUCUCCUCCUGUGAGGUGGCCCUUUCUCCCUCAGUUAACACAGAGCCAGAAGUGAGCUCCAGUCAGCAGCAGCCCCCAGUUGCUCCGACCAUAACCACUGAGGCCACGGCACAGUGCAUACCAGACCAGGAUGAAAGAGCAGCUGAGCUCAGCAGGGAGCAGAAUGAGAAAACCAUCCGGAGCACGCAGACCGCGCUCCGCAAUUUCCCCUAUUCUACUAAGCUCAACAAAUUUCCUGUAUUUAAUAUGAAUGAUGACUUGAAUGAUCUGUGUACCAGUGCAGUAAGCCCAAAUACGACCAAAGCAACACGGUAUGCCCUGAAUGUGUGGCGAUAUUGGUGUAUGACCAAUGGGCUCAAAGAUCACACAGACAUCACCAAGAUCCCUGCAGUGAAGCUGAACGAGCUGCUCGAGAACUUUUAUGUCACCGUUAAGAAGAGCGACGGCUCAGACUUCCUGGCCACGUCGCUGCACGCCAUCCGCCGAGGCCUGGACCGCAUCCUGAAGAAUGCGGGCGUGGGCUUCUCCAUCACCAGCAGCACCUUCAGCUCCUCCACCAAGAAGCUCAAGGAGAAGCUGUGGGUGCUGAGUAAGGCAGGGAUGUCAGGUGCCCGUUCUCGCAACAUCGUCUACUUCUCCCUCUCUGAUGAGGAGGAGAUGUGGCAGGCAGGGUGUCUGGGGGAUGACAGCCCCAUCACCCUUCUGUCCACCGUGGUCAAGUACAACAGCCAAUACCUGAAUAUGCGGACGCUGCAGGAGCAUGCUGAUCUGAUGUAUGGUGACAUCGAGCUGCUCAAAGACCCACAGAACCAGCCCUAUUUCGCCCGGACAGACAGUGUCAAGCGGGAGAGUCGGAGUGGUUCCACUCGAGUGUGCCACGGGAAGAUCUACCAUGAGCAUUCCAGGGGACACAAACAGUGCCCUUACUGCCUCCUCUACAAGUACAUGUACAUCCACCGACCACCCACCCAGAUGGAGGCCAAGUCCCCUUUCUACCUUACCGCCAGGAAGGAGGCCACAGACAUGGGCAGUGUGUGGUACGAGGAACAGAGGAUGGGACUGAGGUCUCUUCGGGGAAUUGUCCCGAACUUAGCCAAGAAGGUCAAGCUGGAAAACUGUGAAAACUUCACCUUCGUCUCAUUUACUCAGGUCUCCAGGAGGCUUGGCUCCCACAGCUGCUGCCAGUGAGUCUCCCCUGGGUCCCGGCCACCACCCAACACACCUGGCAGGGGGGCGCUCCCCCCGCAGCCAAGGCCAGAGUUCUGAGGUGGCAGGGAUGACCGUGAUUUCAUGGUCAGGCUGGUCCCUG